UAGUUACUGACCAAUCGCAGUAAACCAGGAAGUUAGGGGCGUGGAAAUUCCGAAGCCGUGACGUCAUCAGCCAAAUGGAAUUUUUCGAAUCAGCGGUGGGAGUUUCGACUUUUGUCAUCCGCGAUGCCGUCCCAGGAUGAAGGUUCUUCACAGCUGUCAACAGUUGGCAUAGCAACAUGAUGAUAAUUCUGUUGCUGGGACUGGGGUUGCUGGGACUGACCAGGACACAUGCCUGCGACAACCAGAACCAGGCUGGCUACCAUUGCAUGUACAACUCCACCAGUGGUGACUGUGUGCACUGUGCCAGAUGCUUCUUUCCUGACAGCUGUCUGACAAACAACAGCUGCGCCACAGGGACUGCAGGACCCACCUGUGAGACCUGCAGUACAGGACACUACCGACUGGGCAGUGUGUGCAUGCCGUGUCCUGUUGCACCAUGGGGAGCAGUCUUCCUGGGCGGAGUCCUUCUUAUUGUUGUCAUAGCAACCAUCAUUCAUGGAUUUACUGCCACCUUAGCAACAAAGGUGAAACAGCUGGGACAUUUUCUCCAGUUCCUUCUGCUAUCACUCAAGAUGCGCUCUGAUUGGCCGAGUCUGAUUGUCCAAUCACUUGUCUUUCUGCCAAGUGUGGAUUUCAACUUGCACACUUUUAUCCCAGCUGCGACCUUGGUAAUCCGAGCGUUUGCUUGCCAGAACACCCUUUCUACAGACGUUGUAUUGGACCACACUGAUAACGUCUUCCUGUAUGACCAACAACACACCUGUUCUGAGAUGCCUUUCCAGAUCAUCCAGGCCCUAUCGCUACUGUACCUGGUACUGAUGGUGAUACUACUGCCAUUAGGACUGUCGUUCUGGAUUCUCCGACUGAGGAAGUUCAAUCUGCUGAAGCAAAACCUAGUAACACAAGGCUGGAUGUAUGAGUCCUACCGUCGCCGGUUCUGUGUCCUGGAGCCGAUUGUGAUGAUGAGGAAAGUCCUGAGCAUCCUACUGACUGACCUGUACCCACUCCAGCUACUUGCCCAGGCCGGGGUGAACCUGUGCCUCAGCGGAAUCUACCUGCUUGUGGUGGUGCUGGGGAGACCAUACAGGCCAGCCAAGUGGAGAGUGUGUGGGAAGGUCUUACCACUGGAUCUGCACAAUAUCUUUGAGGGCCUUGCCACUGUCUGUGUGUGCUACCUACAAGUUAUCCCCAUUGUAAAAGAAGCAGACUUGUACAGUGACUACAUGGGAAUCCCCCUGGUUGUUCUGAUCAGCUGUACGCUACUACUGUGGGUCAUCAUGUUGGCUGGCAUCUCCAAGGAGAUACAGCUGGAAGAGGAGAUGGAGUACACAGUGCCAGUUGUUCCCAAACAGAAAGAAGCGAGAAAGAUUUGUGUUCUGGCACCGUAACAAGGUCGGGGAGGGCGUCACAGCGGUGGAACUCACGGCGAGACAAAAGGCGCUGACCACUUUCUAACAGACUACUUUAUCAAAUGCGGAGAGGCUCCUCCUCAUAGUCAUCGAAGUUGCUGGAGUCUCCUGGGCCUUUACACUUGCGGAUGAAGGGAGCCUCAACCUGCAUGGACAAGGAAACACAAAAACCUUACAAGUUAUGGCCAAAACGUCUUGCUUCCAGUCCUGUGACUGUAAAAAGACACAGAUACCGGGUACUAGACAGUGGCAAAACUUUAAACGCAAGUGCAUCAGCAGUAACGGCCAUAAUUAAACCACACAAAACAACUCAAACAAGAAUUAUGAGAUUUCAUACCUCCAUGAAAUAUAUGAGUCUUUGUAAAUGUUUUUAUUUGUGUCAUUGACAAUGGAAAUAAGGUCAUAA